AUGGAUUCAAUCGUUCGGCAGCUUGAGGAUCCUUCAAUAUUCCAUUACAAAGAUCUGUGGCUCAAGGAAACCGAUAAUGAUAGGCUGUUAGUACUUGAGAUCUUUGCCUUUGGUGUUAUGAGUGAUUCAAAGGGAAUUGAGCUAAGUCCAGGAAUGAGGCAGAAAUUACAAAAAUUGACUAUAGUUACACUAAGUGAAACACAUAGAGAAUUAACCUACGAGCUAAUUCAAUCAGAGGCUCGAUUGGAUUCGUCACUACAGGCAGAAUUAUAUCUGAUCCAACUCCGUCAAUUCUUUGAAGUUAAACUGGAUCCAGUACGAAAAGUAGCACAUAUUGGCCGCUGUUACGAUUGUAGAGACGUUUACAAUCAAGAAAAGCCAUUAAAAGCAGUUAAACCAAGAGUCACCGGCUCUACUCUACGUGAUUCACUGGUUCAAUGGAGAAAUUCAGUUAACAAUAAAUAA